UUUGGCGUUUAUUAUCAUCGCCGCCGGGACAGUGAAAGAGAAGAGAAGUAGAUUUCUCUCUCUCGACAAGUGCUUUGAUCUCUCUUCUCCUCAAUCUCAAAACGAAGAUUUCUGCAGGGGUUUCAGGUCCUCGUCGAGAGAUCGAAGAUCGUUAGAAAACUUCUGAAGAGAUCAUUUGAGAUCGUUCGUAAUCGUAGGGGAGUGAUUUCGAUUUCUCUGUAUCGAUGGCAUCAGAGGAUGUGAAGAGCACCGAGUCGGCAGCUGUAUCAACGAUCGUAAACCUGGCGGAGGAAGCGAAGUUGGCGAGAGAAGGAGUCAAAGCUCCGAGCCAUGCUGUCCUCAGCAUCUGCAAGUCUCUCUUCGCCGGUGGCGUCGCUGGUGGAGUGUCACGAACUGCAGUUGCACCUCUGGAAAGGAUGAAGAUAUUGCUUCAGGUCCAAAAUCCACAUAACAUAAAGUAUAGUGGGACAGUCCAAGGAUUGAAGUAUAUUUGGAGAACCGAGGGGGUUCGUGGACUGUUCAAAGGAAACGGCACCAACUGUGCUCGUAUUGUUCCUAACUCGGCUGUCAAAUUUUUCAGCUAUGAGCAGGCUUCAAAGGGUAUACUGUACAUGUAUCGUCAGCAGACAGGAAAUGAGAACGCCCAACUCACUCCUGUUUUACGGCUUGGAGCUGGUGCAACUGCUGGAAUAAUAGCAAUGUCUGCAACGUACCCAAUGGAUAUGGUUCGUGGAAGGCUAACUGUCCAGACUGCAAACUCUCCUUAUCAAUAUAGAGGAAUUGCACAUGCUUUAUCAACUGUCCUGAGAGAGGAAGGUCCAAGGGCCCUGUACCGUGGUUGGCUUCCAUCAGUGAUUGGAGUUGUUCCAUAUGUGGGCUUGAACUUUGCGGUCUAUGAGUCCCUUAAGGACUGGCUAGUCAAAGACAAUCCAUUUGGACUAGUGGAGAACAAUGAGCUGACCAUCAUAACGAGACUCUCGUGCGGUGCUAUAGCUGGAACUGUUGGUCAAACGAUUGCUUACCCACUGGAUGUGAUUCGUAGGAGAAUGCAAAUGGUUGGGUGGAAAGAUGCUUCCUCUGUUGUUACAGGCGAGGGGAGAAGCAAGCUUGAAUACAACGGCAUGGUUGAUGCAUUUAGGAAGACAGUUCGUCAUGAAGGCUUUGGAGCUUUGUACAAGGGUUUGGUCCCCAACUCAGUGAAGGUUGUACCAUCAAUUGCGAUUGCAUUUGUGACAUAUGAGAUGGUGAAAGACGUUUUAGGAGUGGAGUUUAGGAUAUCAGACUAAGUCCAUUUGAUGGUAUCUUCAAGAAGAGAGAGAGAGAGGACACUUCUAUUUUUGUAGCGGAUGAGACAGAAGAGAAGUUCGACAUUUUAGGGGCUUUUAUUUGAAUCUCCUUUCAGCAUCCUUGGAAGGGAUAAAAGGCUAUAGAGCUUUAGCCAAACUUCUAAUUUUUUUUCUUUCGAUUCUGUUUUCUUCUGAAUCAAAAUAAGCCAAGAGGCCAACUAUAAAAAACCUAUCAGGUACUGGAGCUUGUGUUUUGCAGGUUUUGGUGGGGUCUUUUGGUAUUGAGUUAUCACUUUUAUUGGUAACUUGUGGAUUAGUUUGAAUAAUUAAAUUCAUGUUGUGUGCUGCUAGUCGGUGUUU